AGGGUACUUCUAUCAACAACCCAAAAAAGAAAAAAGGAAAAAAAAAGCUCAAUUUUCUCAGAGCUCUUCUGCAGCUCUAAUCCAUGGCGGCUCUCUCUCUCUCCUCUUUCUCACUCCUCUUCUUUUUCCUUUUCUUCCACUCGUUCGCCGGAAAGGUCGCGCCGGACGGCCACCACCUCACUGUCGAACUCGCCGCCCUUCUGCCCUCCGCCGCCUGCAGCCGCCGCUCUGCCAAAGUUACAGGUGUGAAAAAAGAAGAUUCGUCUCCGUCUCUGGAGGUGGUUCACCGGCAUGGGCCGUGCGCCGGAGCUUCAAAAGCGCCGAGCGAAGCGGAAAUCUUUGUCCGCGAUCAGGCUCGGGUGGACCUCAUCCACUCCAAGUUCUCAGAGGAGUCUGGUUCGGGUUCGGUCCAGCGUAUACGGCCGUCGAAGGCGACGAAGAUUCCGGCGAAGUCCGGCGCCACCAUCGGGUCCGGUAAUUACAUAGUGAGCGUCGGAUUGGGGACGCCGAAGAAGGAGCUGUCGCUAAUAUUCGACACGGGGAGCGAUCUGACGUGGACUCAGUGCGAGCCUUGCGCCAGAUAUUGCUACAGCCAGAAGGAUCCGGUUUUCGCUCCUUCCAAAUCCACCUCUUAUUCCAAUAUCUCUUGUUCCUCCCCUUCCUGCUCUCAGCUUGAAUCUGGCACCGGGAAUGAGCCAGGUUGCUCCUCCGCGACGAAGUCGUGUAUUUACGGAAUACAAUACGGCGAUCAAUCUUUCUCCGUCGGAUAUUUUGCCAAAGAAACGCUAAGUCUAUCGUCAUAUGACGUCAUCGAAAACUUCCUGUUUGGAUGCGGCCAAAACAACCGCGGACUCUUCGGUAGCGCCGCCGGCCUUCUCGGCCUCGGCCAGGACAAAAUCUCCAUCGUUAAACAGACCGCACAAAAGUACGGCCAGAUCUUCUCCUACUGUCUCCCCAAAACUGCCAGUUCCACCGGCUACCUAACAUUCGGCGGCGGCGGCAACGGCGGAGCGCUCAAAUACACGCCGAUCACGAAAGCGCACGGCGUCGCCAAUUUCUACGGCCUCGACGUCGUCGGAAUUAAGGUCGGCGGAACUCAGUUGCCGAUUUCGUCGUCGGUCUUCUCGACCUCCGGCGCGAUCAUCGAUUCCGGCACGGUGAUCACGCGGCUGCCACCGGCGGCGUACGACGCCUUGAAAUCGGCGUUUCAGAAAGGCAUGACGGCGUAUCCGAAGGCGCCGGAGCUGUCGAUCCUGGACACGUGUUACGAUCUGAGCAAGUACACGUCCGUAGACGUCCCGAAGGUGAGCUUCCUCUUCAAAGGUGGAACGGAACUCGAUCUGGACGCCAUCGGAAUCUUGUACGGAGCAUCGCCGGAGCAGGUUUGUUUGGCGUUCGCCGGAAAUCAGGAUCCGAGAUCCGUCGCGAUUAUAGGGAACGUGCAGCAGAAGAGUUUGCAAGUGGUCUACGAUGUCGGUGGAGGGAGGGUGGGGUUCGGCUAUAAUGGUUGUUAGGGGUAAAACUAUAAAUAGGCUUUCUUUGUGGGGCUAAUGGGGGAAAUAGGGAUGAUAAUAAGGGCCAAAGGGCAAUUGAAAUUAUUAUACUUAAGAAAUGUGUGGUAAAAAGGAAGAUUUGAAAGAAGUUUGCAAAUUGGGUAUACUUUGCAAAUGUAUAGGGUUAAAACCUAAAAGCCUUUGUUUGUUACUUCUUAUUGUUGUAAUUGUAAUUUGCAACAAUUACCCAUUAAAAUGUUUGAUGAAAUUACAAAAA